AUGUCUGGCACAGCAGCAGGAGAUGGUGAUGCUAUUUUCAAGCUCUACCGGUAUGACCCGUCCAUGGCGGCGGCUGUCAUCUUCAUCAUCCUCUUUCUGAUGGUCACCGGACUGCAUACGUAUCAAUUAAUUAGGACCAAGACGUGGUUCUUUUCUUGCUUCGUCAUCGGUGGUUUCAUGCAGGUCAUUGGUUACAUUGGUAGGGCAGUGUCUGCCAGCGAAAGCCCCAACUGGACUGUGAAACCUUACGUGGUCCAGACUCUGCUGUUGCUUAUCUCACCAGCCCUGUUCGCGGCAAGCAUUUACAUGAUCCUCGGACGUAUCAUCAUUAUUACCGAUGGCGAGCGGCACUCACCUAUCAAGAGGGUGUGGCUAACAAAGAUCUUUGUCGUUGGUGAUGUCGCGUCCUUUAUUCUUCAAGGCGCAGGUGGUGGCAUGAUGGCAGGUGGAUCCCUCGAUGCUCUGCACAAUGGCGAACGUAUCGUCAUUAUAGGUCUCAUCGUGCAAAUUGUCUUCUUCUCGCUAUUUGCUGUCACCGCAGCCGUGUUUCACAUCAGGCUCGUGGGUUCUGUAUCCGCAAAGGCCGCUGUAUCAGGCAUCCCUUGGCAGAGGUAUCUUUAUACACUGUACAUCGCCUCUGCCCUCAUUCUUGUACGGUCUGUGUUUCGCCUGAUCGAAUACGCACAGGGGAACGCUGGCUAUCUCAUCUCUCAUGAGGCGUACAUGUACAUCUUCGACAGUAUUUUAAUGUUUCUUGCCAUGGUCUUGUUCACCUGGGAGCAUCCGAGUCAGCUGAAUGCUAAGCUGAACGGGGGAGGAACUGCUGUUAGGUAUGGGAUUCGAUUAUACUGGGAGAAGUAG